AUGGCGUAUUCCACGGUGCAGAGGGUUGCCCUGAUUUCUGGACUUGUCCUGUCUGUGUCGCUGCUGUUGCCCAAGGCUUUCUUGUCCCGCGGGAAGCGACAGGAGCCGCCGCCGGCGCCCGAAGGAAAACCGGGCCGAUUUCCACCCAUGAUGCAUCAUCACCAGGAACCCUCCAAUGGCCAGACCCCUGGGGCUCGAUUCCAGAGGUCUCACCUUGCAGAGGCAUUUGCAAAGGCCAAAGGAAGCAGUGGAGGUACUGGAGCAGCCGGUAGUGGAAGAGGCCUGAUGGGGCAGAUUAUUCCAAUCUAUGGUUUUGGGAUUUUCUUAUAUAUACUGUACAUUCUAUUUAAGCUCUCCAAGGGGAAAACAACCACUGACGAUCAUAAAUGCUCUACUGCCACAUCUGGAAAUGCCCACCGGAAAAUUACCAAUUUUGAGCUUGCUCAACUUCAAGAAAAACUGAAAGAGACAGAGGAAGCCAUGGAAAAACUAAUCAACAGAAUGGGACCUAAUGGUGAGAGCAGAGCACAGACUGUGACUUCUGACCAGGAGAAACAAUUGUUGCAUCAGCUCCGAGAAAUCACCAGGGUCAUGAAAGAAGGAAAAUUCGUUGACAGACCUAGUCCAGAGGAAGAAGCUGAGGAGGCCCCUUACAUGGAGGACUGGGAAGGUUACCCUGAAGAGACUUACCCAGUUUACGACCUUUCAGGCUGCAUCAGGCAUAGACAAGAAACAAUCCUGGUGGAUUACCCUGACCCUAAAGAGCCCUCUGCUGAAGAAAUGGCUGAGAGAAUGGGAGCGCUAGAAGAAUCAGACCAUUUGGUUUGGGCAAGUCUGCCCACUGAUCCCCACGCCCAGGAAGAUAAUCCUGGUACCUUGUGUGACCCAAAGCCAGAAACAUGUUCCUGCUGCUUCCAUGAAGAAGAGGAUCCUGCUAUCUUGGCAGAGAACGCUGGCUUUAGUGCAGACAACUAUAGUGAGCAAGAGGAAACCACUAGGGAGGAGUGGCCUCAAGACUUCCGAGAUGAAGGCUUGGGCGUCAGUGCUGAUAAAGCACAUACAGGUGCAAUGUUGAGGAAGCGGACCCUCCAGAAUUUAGACUGAGAACAGCCAGUUUGGAGAUGUAUCCAUUCCUCUAGUCCCAAGGUGACCUUUCUCUCCUCUCACAGAUUGCACCCUUGCCGCUGAACUUCAUCCUCUGUGUUCAAAUGUUAGAGCUAUCUGCUCGUGGAUAUGAGGUAUCCAUCCUGGUGCUCACACACCUGCCACCUUGUAAAACACGAGAUUAGUGUGAACACAAAGACUACUGUACUCUUAUAUUCCUGCCUUUCCUCUAUCAGAGAGGUUGACCCAUGAGGAAUUAUAUUUGGUCUAUCAUAAUUACAGAUG